UAGACAUUAAGGUUAAUGUUCGUGCGACUUGGUUUUGUUUUACGAGGCAGGUACGACGUACGUACUUACCAAGGCCUAGGUAUAUGGGCUUGGCAUGGGCAUCUGCCCCUCGACGAACGUCUCGCAGUUCUAACAUUAAUAUUACGUCCAUGCGUCUGCCUGCCAUCUCUUUGUCAUCUUGCCUCGAGGACGUCAUUUUUGGUCAAGUAUGAGUGGUGCUUGAAGAUGGCUGCCUUAUAUGCUUGGGGUGCUAACAGCCAUGGGCAGCUAGGUCUCGGCUUUGUCAGUGAGCAGGUUACUUUACCAACACGUGUCGAAGAUCUUCCAGACAACAUCAAUGAGGGGAGCAUUCGUAUGGCAGUUGGAGGAGGUGGACAUACCUUUUUGCUUACUGCUCAGGGAAGACUCUUUGGUGCUGGAUGGAAUACCUGUGGACAGGUUGGAGAUGGAACUCAAAUUCGAUCCGUACCAGGGUUCCAGCUCAUAAGAGGACUGGAGGGGCAUCACAUGAUUGGUGUCGCUUGUGGAUGGGCCCAUUCUAUUGCCCUUAGUAGAUCUGGACAAGUUUGGGUAUGGGGAUCAAAUAGCCAUGGCCAGUUAGGGCUUCCAAAGGAUGAGGUGCCUUUUUCAAGCCUUCCUAUUUGCUUGGAUUUGACAAAUGUGAUUAGUAUAGCUGCUGGAUUGCGCCAUACAGCUGUUGCAACAAGAGAUGGCAGAGCAUAUACCUGGGGACAAGGACACAGAGGUCAGUUGGGACAUGUCGACAACGACGGCCAUGUUGUGAAGCAGCAACCCACUCCAAGAGUGAUGGAUCACAUAGAGGGGAAGGUGUGCAGUGUUGCCUGUGGGCAGAACACUACAUAUGCCCUGACUUCAGAAGGCCAUGUGUUGGCAUGGGGAGAUAAUAAGUGGGGACAGUUGGCACAUGAUCCUAGAAAUGUAUCUUAUUUUACUUGCCCCUUGACAAUCCCUCACAAUUACUUUGGCGGUGAACGUGUGUUAUGGCUACGAGCAGGCUGGACCCAUUGUGUCGUUGGUGUUGCAUCAGGGGCAGUUUACAUAUGGGGAAGAGCAGACUAUGGGCAGCUGGGACCUUUGGAGGAAGAAGGAGAAGAUUCAAGCUCUGACACAGCUGCCAAUGAGCUCCUUCACCAGAGGUGUAGAUUCGUACCCAAAAAUUUAACCAUCAACAAAAAGAUCCAAGGCAUUGUUUGUGGAUCAGAACAUAACUUAGCCAUAACGAGUAAUGCUGAUGGAGGCAUCUCUCUCUUCACUUGGGGAUGGAAUGAACACGGCAGUUGUGGUGAUGGAACAACUAUAAACAUUUAUCGUCCUGCAAAGGUGGCCAUCCCUGGCACUUUGCAAAUGGUUGGGGCUGGCUCUGGACACUCAUUUGCUGUUGUAAAGCUUUUUUAAAACAUUUCUAAAUAAGGACAAUUAUAUGUGAAGUGAUUUACUUAUAUAAUUUACAUGUGAUGAUGAAAAGUAUUUUAAAGCAGAAGCCUUGAUCCCCCUUCCCCUCUCGAGUCUAAAGAUACUUUUAUUUGAACUAUAGUGCCAUUGUUGCUGUGUGAUGCCUUGUGAAUGGAAAAAUUUGAUAUUUGUAUAGUUUGUGGACAGUUGAAACAAUGACUACAGGUACAGCAAGGAGUGUUAGCUCAAUGACGUGAGAAAUACACUUUGCUAGGUAGUUUUAACUGGGCUAGAAUAUGAAAUUCAUUAUUUUUUCAUGUAGUGAUUUAAUGCUGUAGAAGUUUUAUACUCAUUAUUUUGUUUUUAUAUUUGGGGUGCAAGUUAGGUAUUGCAUUUAAUGCACUCCUUGGAAUUUUCUGACAAAAUUUAGAGGGAACUUCAUUGUUCUCUUCAUAAGAUUUUUAAACAUUGUUUAAUAUGUCGGUACGAACCAUAGCUUUAUGUGUGUCUUUCUUGUCAUUGGGUCUUGGGGUUAAGGCUAGUGACAAGAGUUGAUGCAGAAGGGUAUGCAAGUGGUUCACAUGUGCUGGAAGGCAGCACAGUUGGGAAAUCCUUCAAUGACUCCCUGGUCUUUGGUUGAGUAAAAUUUAGUUGAAUAUUUGGAGUUUCAUUUUGUAGGUUACACAUCUGUAUCAAAGUAAUUUCAAGAAACUGUAAUUUGGGAAUACUCAGGGUUGGUUGCAGGUUUUAUUACUCGCUUUGAAUUUAGUGUUCUUAGUCCUCUACAACCCUACACACAAAUUACCACUAUACAUAGUCUUCUUUUUAUGUUACCAGUAUUUUUUCCACUGAACUAGUCUAAGGCUUUUCUUGGACAUUGAACUUGUCUGUCUAAGGAAUUAAA